AAUUGCAGGCAUUGGGUCAUGGCGUCGUAGCGUCCUUUUUCCCAGAUGAAUUUUUUUUUACCCCUUUCUAUCAGAACAUCAUGAAUUCUUCCUCCCUAAAUGACGAGAGUUAUGCGAAUUUCCUGCAAGAUCAAGUGAGAAGACUGAAUGCAAUUUUAAGUGAAUACCAGAAGAAAUAUCUUCCUGUAAAAGAGCCAAAAAUUAAGAACCAGGAACCUCUUCCACCAUGGAUUACAAAUCAAAGCAUUGUCUCCCCUAUGAUUGCUGAAUAUGAUGAUAUUAUCAAGAAAUUACAAGAUCAGCUAAGAUUCCAAAAGGAUAAUCUCAUUCAGUUAAAACAAAGAACUGAYAGAGUGGUACAAGAAAAUGCAGGGCUUCACGAGCAACUACGGCGAAGUAUUGAAAGCCAGAUGGAGGUACUGAAGAGAGGAGAAGGAUCUGAGCUGGACAAACAGAUGAUUGAAAAAAUGCAAUACCAGUUGGACUUAAUCAUUAAGGAAAAAGACAGCUACAUUGAAAUGUGGGAAACUGCAACUAGAGAACUAGAGAAGCUGCAGGACAUUGAUAGGGAGAGAACAUCUGAAAUUAGACUUAAAAGCAAACAAGUGGCAUCUUUACAGAGCGAUUUAAAGAAAGCAAGACACUUAGCUGAAAGUCUCCAGUUUGAGAUCAAAAAGAUGAAAAUGGAAUAUGAUAAAUUUUUAUCUACAGCACAAACUCAAGACCAGGAAAUAGAUAGCACAAGAAUAGAAUUGAGAAAAUGUAAAGCGGACUUAAAAGCAAGCAAAAGUCAAGUUGAUGAAUUCAGGAAAAAUGUAGAACUUCUAGAAAAGCAACUGAUACCAAAGAAUUCUGAAAAGAAUAUUGAGAAAGGGAAUGCUCCUAAUGAUGUUCAAAUAGAAGAACUGCAGACAUUUGCCUUUGAGCUUGAAACUAGACUGAGUUCAAUGAUCAAAGAAGUUGGAAAACUGAACUCCGAGAAGAAUAACCUCGAAGAACAACUGGAAACUCUUCAAACACGGAACCUUGAAAUGGAGAAGCGUGAAUUUGAGGCAAUAUCACAUGUGAGAGAUAGUGUUCAGAUGGUAGAGAAUGCAAUAUUAGAACGUGAUCAGGCGUUACUUCGAGAGCAACAAAAAAGUCAAGAAGCAAGUCGACUACAGGACGUCAUAAAUAAGUUGCUAAAAGAGGCUGGCAAAAGAACAAAAGACGAGGUCGACUCUAUCAGAAAUCAGUGCAAUAAGAAUUUACAGAAACUAAUGGAAGAAAUACAAUAUCUUGAAGUGGAGGGUGCGGAGAAACAGGCUCAGCUGGAGCGAGCAAUGAGAGAGAAAUCUGCUGUUGAGCAAGAGUUGGAGAAGGUUUACCGAGAAGGUCCGUCUGAAAUAGAACGGGUUGGUUUAACGUUUGAAGAACUCCAGAAAAGAAUAGGAGCAGCCGAGAGAGCCAGAGACGAGGCGUCGAUAUCCAAUGACAACCUUAGCGCUGCAAUCAAAAGACUAGAAAACAAACAUGAACAAGAGAAAGCACAGGUAAAUAACGAGAAUGAAGAGCUGAGAAARAGGAUAAACAAGCUAGAAAAGGAAUCCGAAGAGAUGUCCGGAAAUAGGUUACAUUUAGUUGAUGAAAUUGAUAAACUCAAAAGGGAGGUCCUAGCAGCGAAACAAGGACGAGAAGCUGCCGAGCACGAGCGAGAGACCGAGGUAGCAGCUCAGAAAAAGAAGUUUGAACUGAAGGAAAAAGAUUUUGACUUAAAACUACGGAGUGUYGAGGAGAUGAAUCGUAAAUCUAUAAACGAUCUCAGAGAUAUGUUAAACACACAGCAAAAAAUAGGAAUCCAAUGGAAAGAAGAGACUAAAUCUUUGACAGAAAGAUUUGAGAAAACCGUCAGUGAAUUAAGACAGCAAGUAUCCACGCAAAAAAAACGAAACGAAGAGCUUAAUAACUGUCUCGUAGACGAGCGUCAACAGGCAACACAAACAAAGAAAAAACUCACUGCGGCAAAAGAGAACAUCARUAAAUUACAAAAAAUGGCAGCCGACGCAGAAACCAGGUCCGAGGCAGCCAGUGCGCAGGUAUCAACACUGCUCAGUCGAGAACAUCAGCUUUUACAAGAACGGAAAUUACUAAAUCGAGAAUUGGAGAAACUUAAGCUUGAAAGGAGUCGGCCUGGUAAUGGCCACAGCACUCGUGAACCUCAACAACGAUACACAAAUUUACUAACCAAUGGUAUCAACGGCGCGCCUUCCCGUGAUCCACCAGUGCGUCUGGACUUAAUGUCACCUCGCAACGUAGGGCUCUAUGGAGAUUUGGAUGGGUUUGAAAGACGACCAAUAGAAGAUGGUUAUUCUUAUAACAGAUUUAUUUUAUGAUAUCAGUUGGAUUUAGGAAUGUAAUAGUGUGCUUCAUUAUCAGACAAAGCGAACUUGGUUUUGUACCGCCAAAUAGGUUUUUUUAACAAUGAUCUACAACGCUAUGGUAUUCUUCUUAAAUUCAAGAUAUUUCUCUUCCCUUUCACACAAAUUCAGGAUCGAAAUUAAUGAAUACUCUCGUUCGUAAAGUUGUAUAAAAAUUGGAUUUGUAUUAAAGUACUCAAUGUGAGUGAGCAAAACUUUA